AUGACUAUUGCUGCAUAUGCGUAUGAAACAAAUGAAGCAAGAAGAGCACAUGAACUAGUAAACGAAAACUCAACUUUAACCAUUGAAGGCAAUGAUUUAGUCAUUGACGAUGGAAAAACUAAAAAAGUCAUUGAUUUCGAUACUUUUAACACUUAUGACCCAUUCAUUACAAUAAGUAAAGUUCCUAUCAUAAAUGAUGGAACGGUGCAAUAUAUAAAUUCUACAGUAGAUGCCUCAUUAGUGAAAGUAUUAAAUGUUCUCAUUGAAUUGUUAAAGAGCUUUCGAUUUGACGACAACAUUAAAUGCCUAAAGAAUUUAGUCAUGAAUGAGAAACAAAUUCUUGGCGUUGCUGGUAGCAGUAAUGAUGUACACCUUAUGACAUUAGAAUAUUAUAACGAACAUAAAGAUGAACUGAAAGGAGAGAAGGGUGACACCGGACCUCAAGGACCUCAAGGACCACAAGGAAUACAAGGAAUACAAGGAAUACAAGGACCUCAAGGCGAGAACGGUUUGGAUGGUGUAGAUGGAAAGGAUGGAAAAACUGCUAAAUCAUGGAUAUGGAACCUUAUAAAUACUGGUUUAACAGCUGCUUCAUCUGGAGUUCUUCAAUACCAAAUCGGAAAGAUAUGGGCAGUACUUGGUGAAGAAGUUUUAAAUGACGUUAAAAAUGCUUUGAACUUCAUUUCAAAUGGUUCGGAUACUAUUAAAACUUUAUCUGGUUGGAUGCAAGAAACAAGGAGUCAAAUAGAUACUGUAAGACGUAUAGCAAACAAUGCACGUACGGGAUUGGAUACUUUACGAGAAGCACAAAAUACACUAAAGGAAGCAAAUGAUAUUCUUGGCUCAGUAUCAGACAUGCAUGAAGAUUGGCUUAAAGGUAUUGAUAAAUCUUUAAAAAAUCACAGUCAGUCUAUUGCUGACUACAAGAAAAGUAUAGAUUUUUUACAUAGUGCUAUGGACGUACAUGAUGGAAGCAUAAGGAACUUACUUAAUGCUAACAAUAACUUACCAGGAACUAUUAAAGCAUUUAUAAAGUCCUUUGUAAAACCCGGUGCUCUAACAUUUAGGUCUUUGAGAGCAAGAGCAUUGAAGUCAAGAGAUGCAGAAACUCCAACAGAACCUACAGAAGGAACUGAAACAACAGAAACUCCAGAAGAACCACCAAAACCAACAGCUAAUGAAAUAUUGUUCGAAUAUUUUCCAAGGUACUCUGUUCUCAUUGCAUACAUUCAAGAAAUACUUAAGAAAGCAGACUUGACUUUAGGAGAUGAUGAAAGUUCUGUAUAUCUUUCGUUCCAGUUUCAAAUAGCAGAACUUUUGAGACAGAUAUGCUUAAUGUAUGACAACAUCUCUGAUUUCACAAGAUAUGAUGACGACCAUGACCCCGAACACGGUGAAGAAGAAGUUUUACAAACAUCCAUUAAGACAGGAAAGGUUUUAACUCAAAGUCUCAUUAUUGACACCAAAGAUGGCGAAGUGGACGUUCUUCAAGAGCUGAAGAAAAAUACUUCUUCGGGAGGUGGUGGUAGGCAUGAACUUGAAAUAAAUGAGAUAGAAGAGAAAUUAGCCGAAAAAGCAGAUAAAAACCAUGUUCAUUAUAUAACUUCAGACGAACAGAUUAUAACGGACUACCAUGGAUAUUUAACACAGGAUGAAAAAGUGAAGACGGAAGAUGUUAAUGAAAGAAGAUAUAAAUACAUUCGUGCUAAAGGUUAUGACAUAAGCUGUACUGUACAGUAUGACACGGAUAAAGCACCAGAAGCAUUUGGUUAUAACGAUGAAAUUUAUGCUUCAUACUUCUCUGUUAACGGUGUAUUAGUUGAACCAAGAUUUACUUUGAGAGUUAAGGCAAAAAUAACUUUUGAAGAUGCUAUUAAAAGUAAAGCUGACAAAGUUGAACUCGAAGCAAUGAACAAAGUUUUGAAAUCUCAUAAACACAGCAUCUCCGAUAUAAAUGAACUUCAAGCUACAUUAGAUAAGAAAGCAGACAAGAACCAUACACAUAAAUCCUUCACUACUGUUAGAGCAGACGACAUAAUAUUGAACUUUGACCUUGGUUCAAGUGCACCAUUAGAAAAUCCAAGUACAAGCGUAAAAGAUACUCUUAACAAUUUAGAUAAGAGUUGCAGGAAUAUCGAAGAUCAUGCCAGAAACUUUGAAGCAUAUGAACUACCAACAAUGUUAGAUAAGAAAGCAGACAAGAACCAUACACAUAAAUCCUUCACUACUGUUAGAGCAGACGACAUAAUAUUGAACUUUGACCUUGGUUCAAGUGCACCAUUAGAAAAUCCAAGUACAAGCGUAAAAGAUACUCUUAACAAUUUAGAUAAGAGUUGCAGGAAUAUCGAAGAUCAUGCCAGAAACUUUGAAGCAUAUGAACUACCAACAAUGUUAGAUAAGAAAGCAGACAAAACAGAGCUUCAAACAUUAAAGACAGAAAUACUUCAAACAUUAUAUCCUAUAGGCUCUAUUUAUACGUCAAUGAAUUCAACAAAUCCAGAAACAGUUUUAGGUUUUGGUACUUGGGAACAGAUUGUAGAUAAAUUCUUAUACUGUGCGAACUCUUCAAAGCAAACAGGUGGUUCGAAGAAAAUUAAAGAAGCAAACCUUCCACCGCACACUCAUACAGGAACUACAAACACAACAGGUAGUCAUUCACAUUCAAUAACAAAAAGAGGUUAUACAAAUCUUGCAGCAGGUUCGGAUAGACAGGGAAUGCAUAGAUAUGAUAUUUCAAGUGACCCAGUAGAUUCAAGCACAGGUAUUUUCUGUGGAACCACAGGAAAUCAUUCACACACUUUCACAACAAAUCCAACAGGCUCGGGUGAAGAUUAUAUGCCACCAUUUAUGACUAUAUUCGCAUGGUAUAGAGUUCAAUGA